CGUGCGUUGCGUGCCUUCGAGAUCGAUCGACUGCGUACACGCGAUGCUUGGUGAAGUCUGUUAUUGGUUAUCGUGCUCACACGCCACGGUUUGGCAAAACUAAAAGCCAUGGGCAUGAGCGACCUGGCGGCAUGGCACUCACUCGUCCGCAGGCUACCUCGCGAGGGUACCCGUUCGCCUUCCACCAAUUAUUAUUUCCACUGCUUUCCAUCUUGCUUUCGGACCGCCGAUCGGAUCACCUGCUAGGAACUUGACGAGUGCUAGCGGACUCAGACACUCUAGUCCUCUUCCUGCCCGCGGUGCGCGAGACGUCAAGUAGCGGUGUGUGUGUGCUUGUUAGUUUUCCCGGACAGGGGUGCAGACGUGGCAGUGCGGAGGGUGGCGCAACGCAUCAAUAGACUAUUGAUCAGUUUGUCGUCGCCAGAUCACCCCACCGUGACGACAUCCGCCGGUUUCACUGUCAGACACAACUCCUUGGCUUGGCGGACUAUCACCAUCACACGUCUCGGGCGAAAUGUCACCACCGCCUUCAUCAUCGUCAUGGCGCGUUGUCAUGGCAUUCGUCGCCGUCUCCGUGACAAUCAUGGCCGCCAGCAGCCGUGGUGACCAUGCACCGUCGUCGUCGCAGCUACCGGCACUGCAGAGUCGCCGCGUUGUCCGCACCAACGUGUCAUGUCUGCCGGGCACGCAUCACGCCACACGCAGCCACACAGGACACGUGUCGAACUUCACCGGAGUCUGCUCGCAGUACCGCGAUCACAGCUGCUGCACGGCCACCACUGCACGCUCAAUUGAACUAAAUGGAGAUCGGGAGCUCUAUGGCUUCUACCUGAAUGACUGUGGAGAGGUUCCUGAUGCUUGCUAUCGCUAUUUGAAGCUGGAGAGUUGCUUCUAUGAAUGUGAUCCGUAUCUUCGACAAUGGGAGCACCCUGUCUUUGCUGGUUAUGUACACCGGGUGCCUGUCUGUGCCGACUAUUGUGAUAGAUGGUACGAGGCAUGCAAAGAUGUCCAGAUCUGCUCACCUGACUUUGUCAAUGACUUCACCUUCAACGUAACUCUUGGACGCUACUUCUGUCCAGCCAAUCACCAAUGCAGAACGUUUGAACAAUGGUACGGCAACGCCAGGGGUCUGUGCAACCGUCAGUGGGGCACGUCGUUCUUCUACGCCAACGACACCAACUGCUUCACCAUGGAGUUCAGCGGGCACAAUCCGAACGCGUGUGUCCGCAAUAUAACCUCCGACACACACGCUCAUGCCGAAAAUUGCCAGCUCUCCCAGGACGGUUCGGCGGCCGGUCGCCUCGCGGCCUCGCUUGUUGUUGUCACGGCCGCUAUUGUCAUGGUGGUGAUGUAGUGCACUCUUUGUUUUCUGCAAGUGUGUCACGCGACUGAUCUACGAGUGUGUCAUGUGACCACACUGGCAGUCUGUCACGUGACUGAUCUACCAGUGUGUCAUGUGACCACACCGUCAGCGUGUUAUGCGACCGACCUGCCCCCCCCCCCCUCUCUCUGCCAGUGUGUCACGUGACUGAUCUACAAGUGUGUCAUGUGACCACACCGCCAGUGUGUUAUGCGACCGACCUGCCCCCCCCCCCCUCUCUCUCUCUCUCUCUCUCUCUCUCUCUUUCUCUGCCAGUGUGUCAUGUGACUGAUACCUGUGCUCUGAUUGGCUGCAUGGCAUCAUUACCUCUUGUUUUCGUAGAGCCUUAUUUUUCUUCCUCCUUUUCUUUUGUACUAUAGACUACUAGUUGUUUAGUUUAGGGUUUACCCAGGUUGACCCUCUUUAAUCAAGUCUUUAUCCUAGGAGCUUAGGAGCUGCAUCUGCGCCUUGAUCCAAGAGGGUGGUGGCGUUCCUGCGGAUGCGGAAAACUGGGCCUUUGGCCGAGUCUCACGCGAACCGUGAAUUUUUUAUUUUUUAUCCUAGGGAGUUGUCUUAGUAACAACAUGUUUCAACAAAACAAGGUUUAUCUAAUACUGUAAUGUAUGUACAUGGAAACGGUCUCGGCUACGAGGCUGACCCGCA